AUGCCCUCGAGUUCUCAGAGACCCAACCCGCCCACGAUUCACAUAGAGUUCCCGCCCUCAGCCUUUGACUCUGGAAGUCCUCGCACUCUCCCCUUUGACUCAGGCAUAUACGCUGUCAGCCCGAAGGGUGGACCGAAGUUACUAGACAGAAACAACACCACUGGCCACAGUCUCCCGCCGCCCUCGUUCAUGAUCCGCGGGGGCAACAAUUCUCAGGAUACAUCUGCCUCACCAUCAAGCUCCUGCUCUUCGCUGCUGCCUUCUAGCUCGACCUCUACCUCUUGGUCUGACAGUUUCUCCGCGGCGUCUACCUCGUUUAGCGGCGUCGCUCCUUCAAAGUCGCUUCCUCAGAUCACCAUCACCCGUCCACUUUCAACCGUCCCACCGCCAGUUCUUCCGAGUAACUCACCGCAUAACAUUGCUCUUGAUCUUUACGGCACUACUGUGGUUUCGGACAACAAACCUCUUCCAGCACUUCCCUCCAGGUGCUCAUCUGACAUCGCCGAUCUUCCAUCCCCUACCACUUCGCACACGCUUAGCUCUUUGCAUGCUCGUGUCAGACGCUCUCGCCUGAGUACUGUAUUCGGCGUUACAACUCUGCCGCCUAUGCCCUCUCCACUCACGCGCAAUGUUCGGAAUGGUCGGGGGCCCGAGCCUUCCUCUGUACCAGUGCCUCGAGAUUGCGCGCACACACAGGUCCACACCACCCACGCUCUGGAAUCCUCUGCUAAAGCUUUGCCAACUCGGCUGCCAUCCGCGUCGGAGAAGCGAACCCCUCAAGUGCAAGGACCACAGACGACCCAGCAACUCGCUAAGUCCGUCUCUAGGUAUCUCAAGAUGAUGGACAAAGAGAUGGAUCGGGAGUUCAAACGCUUGAGGGAUCAUGUCGCCGAGGUCAAGGACGCCAUGGAGAAGCUGCGAGAGGAAAGAGAGGGACGGGCUAGGAUCCAGACACAGAAGGAUGUGGAAUUGGCUCAGAGGAAAAUGGAGGAAGAAAUGUCUCGAAGAAGGAGUUUCUCAAAGGUGGAGGAGGAUAAAGUGAAGAAGCCACCUAGGAUCCCGACAAUGGUCUUUCCCGUGUGCCGCCGUUACUCGUCGGUGGUGCUUGGAAUGAUGGUACCUAAAAGUUCCGCCGACCAGUCUAGGAAGGAUACUAACUUGCGCCUCUCUUACUCCGUCUUCCAGACAGCCCGAACGAAGUUUCAGAGCCAGGCGGACGUUAUUCCUUCCCUUCUCGCUCCCACUGCUUACGAGGUGGACCUCUCCUUUGGGUCUCUCCCGAUUCGGAACAGGCGGAACGUCCUUUUGAUGGCACAGCCUGAUAAUUUCCGACUCCUGAGAGAUAUGGCUACCGCAAUUUCUCGCAGCCACGCCACAACGAUGUGUACAAGGCUCGAGUUUGGCUCGUCGGACAAGAAAUCUCCCUAUGAUCAACAGCGGUCAUAUCCAGAUGUUGUGCGGCCAGACUCUCACUUUCUCUCCCUGCGCCUCCCCGUACCAUGUGCUUUCACUCUUGGUUUCUCGCUCAAGGUGGUCUUCGGUGAACGAUCCGCAGUAGCAUGGAGAUUGGGAGGGAGGGAAGGAUUCUAA